UCCCCCUCUCCUCUCCUCCACCUCCUUCUCCUUCCUCCGUCCCACCUCGCCGCCCGCCCCUUUCUCUCUGUCUCCCUCGUCCCUUCAUCUCCAGUCCGCUUGUGUUUGUCUCGGCGGCUGGUCGGUGUGGGAGAGCGGAUCUCGCGAGUGUUGGAGUUUUGGUGAGAGUUUGUGGAAGAUGGCGCCUGUUGUGACAGGGAAGUUCGGGGAGCGCCCUCAACCACAGCGCCUGACGAGAGAAGCUAUGAGAAACUAUCUAAAGGAGCGAGGAGACCAGACUGUCCUGAUCCUUCAUGCUAAAGUUGCACAGAAAUCCUACGGCAAUGAAAAAAGAUUCUUCUGUCCUCCUCCAUGUGUGUAUCUGAUGGGCUGUGGCUGGAAGAAGAAGAGGGAACAGAUGGAGAGAGACGGCUGCUCGGAGCAGGAGUCUCAGCCAUGCGCCUUCAUCGGCAUCGGGAACAGCGACCAGGAGAUGCAGCAGCUCAACCUGGAGGGGAAGAAUUACUGCACAGCCAAAACGUUAUACAUCUCGGACUCAGACAAGCGCAAGCACUUCAUGUUGUCGGUGCGCAUGCUGUACGGCAACAGCGCCAACAUCGGCGUCUUCCUCAGCAAGCGCAUCAAGGUCAUCUCCAAGCCUUCCAAAAAGAAGCAGUCGCUCAAGAACGCUGACCUGUGUAUAGCGUCUGGAACAAAAGUAGCACUGUUUAACAGACUGCGUUCUCAGACAGUCAGUACACGCUACCUUCAUGUGGAGGGUGGGAACUUUCAUGCCAGCUCACAACAGUGGGGAGCCUUCUAUAUUCAUCUCUUGGAUGAUGAGGAAUCCGAGGGAGAGGAAUUCACCGUGCGUGAUGGUUACAUUCACUACGGCCAAACUGUCAAACUUGUCUGCUCAGUCACAGGGAUGGCCCUGCCGAGACUGAUCAUCCGUAAGGUGGAUAAGCAGACGGCCUUGUUGGACGCAGACGACCCCGUGUCUCAGCUGCAUAAGUGUGCCUUCUAUCUAAAGGAUACAGAGAGGAUGUACCUGUGCCUUUCCCAAGAGAGGAUCAUCCAGUUUCAAGCCACUCCAUGCCCAAAAGAACCAAAUAAAGAGAUGAUCAAUGACGGUGCCUCUUGGACAAUCAUCAGCACAGAUAAAGCAGAAUACACUUUCUAUGAGGGAAUGGGUCCAGUCCACUCUUCUGUCACCCCUGUGCCUGUGGUCGAAAGCUUACAGCUAAACGGAGGAGGAGACGUAGCGAUGCUGGAGCUAACAGGGCAGAACUUUGCUCCAAACCUGCGCGUGUGGUUCGGGGACGUGGAAGCUGAGACCAUGUACAGGUGUGGAGAAAGCAUGCUGUGCGUCGUACCGGACAUUUCAGCGUUCCGCGAGGGUUGGCGCUGGGUGAGACAGCCAGUACAGGUCCCUGUAACGCUGGUGCGGAACGACGGCAUCAUCUACUCCACCACUCUGACGUUCACGUACACGCCGGAGCCCGGCCCGAGGCCUCACUGCAGCGCAGCCGGAGCCAUCCUGCGCUCAGCCAAUAACACCCCCAACACUGACACACCAAAUUCAGUCACGGCAAAUUCCUCCAACGCCACAGCCGCCCUGGUCUCGUAACCCACGUGGUGGCACGCAAGAACUAAGUUACGUGGGUGGGGGGGGAAUCUACAGGUACAUUUCAACAAAGUGCUGCAUACAGAUUUCAAAACGGAACGCUUUAUUUGGGCAACAUAAACACAAAGUCAAGGAACACAGAGAGUGAAAGUGAACAGAGGGGGAAAAGCAAAGCUGUGUGGAGGCGAUGAGAUGCCCGGCGAUGGACGUGGCCGAGAUGCCUGAGAACACCCGCACGUGUCGAGAUGCAGAAGACCUGAACAUCUGACCGUUGAAUCAUGAAAUCUUCUCUUCACCUUUUAUUCAAUGUCCCUCUUCCCCUACACACACUCUCCUGAUUUGUGUUUGCGUGAAGGAGUAAAAAGGCUCAUCACCUGUGGCUCGGUCUGGACUUACGAGACGAGUGUCACAUUAAAUUUGUAAAUGAAACGUAGUUUUUAUGGACCAAGGUUAUUGUAUAAGCUUUAGUAAAGGUACAUUUUCCUUCGUACAUUUUUUUUUUUUGUAUCUAAACAUAUAGUAUGCUUUUGUUACCAAAUAGAUUCAGUUUCUACUCUGAGUUUUUACACAGUUUUGGUUAUUUUCUUUUGUUUUUUUUGUUUUUCUAUUAGAGAUGUGGACAUAGCAGGGUGCUGUGGCCUUCUCUUGACUUUUUUGUAUAUAGCUUAUCUUCUUCCUUUCAUCUCUAUACGUAUAGAUAUCUGUGUACGUAUAUUCUUUUCACAUUCGCUCAGACUUCGUUUUUUGAUACUUCUCACUUUUUUAUAUGGAACUCUUUCUUCUUCUUCUUUCUUUUUUUUAAGUUGAAGUUGUUUUGCUUUGGGAAGAAACUCAGAGGGUCUAUUUUUAUUAUUGACUUUUACAAAAUUCUCUGAAAAGAACAAAAAAGCUUUAAGCAUCGCCUCUGCCUUGUCUGCAAUAUGACGUGUAUAUGCUUCCUUUAAGGAUUUUAUAACAGUGUGUGUUUAGGUAUCGCAGGAGAAGCAGCAGUGACUCUCUCUCUCUCUCUCUCUCUUCCUCUUCUCUCUUUCUUUCUUUCUCUCUCUCCUGUUUCAAACAGCGAAACCAGAAAGCACCAGGUGCGAAACAGAGGCCGCGGGACAAGUGUAACCGCUAAACCGUAGCCAUUCAAAGUACCAAUCGUUUUUAGCGCACACGAAGGUCUGAAGCAGCGCUGCUGUUUUGGGAUGCUGUUACUCUCAGAGUGUCAUAAGUCUGGACUGGACGGACUUCCAUUUCAUUUGUGCUCAGAAAUCAAAGCGCGUUUGAAAUUCCUUUUGUCUUCCUAAAUUUUCAUUUUGCUCAUUUAAUUUUUUUUGUUACAAAACGACUGGAUUAUUUGAAUAAUAUUCUUCCAUUAGACGUGGCCUUACUGUAGCAACACGUUUAGUUCAAGUGCAGUUCAGGCCUUAAGACCGUGGCCUGUGACUGUAACCUCUUGAGCUCAGCCUUGUGUUGUUGAUUUUUUUUUAUUUUUGUUCCCUUUUCUCUUUUUUUUUCUUCUUGAUAGUCAUAAGCGUGGCUGUUUUUAAAGUUCAGACUUGACACCCUGCAUGAAGUGAACCCCUUUAGAUUCUCUGACAUUAACGUACCCAAAGAUGUCGUGGAAUUCUUAGAGAGUGUGUUGGCAGCCGUGGCCUCUCGUACACCAAAAGUAGAGCUUUACUUCAUCACUUACUGAUCCGUUCCUUGUGGCCUUGCUAACACACUAAUGUAUAUGAAGAUUAUUAAUGCCAGCUAGGAGAAACUAACAAAUCAGCCUGCUGUAGUAGUUUUGUACAGUAGAUUAACUUAUGAGGAGCGUCGCUAUGCUUACUUUUGCUAGAAAAAAAAUGUAAAAACGGGAAAAAAAUGUUUGUAUUUCUGCGAUUGCGCCUAAUAGCCUAGCGACUGCGGUAGCCGGCGUGUGCUGACAAGAGACUAGAGAAGUUCGUCCGAUAGAUGUUGAAUGCCCUUUAGGUGUGUGUUUGCUGUUCAAAGAUAUUAUCAAUAGAGCAAUAUUGUAUAGGUUGUGUGUCUCGGUCUGUGUGUAAUAACCGCUGAUGUUCACCAGCCUGAUCCUCUCACAGUGGUUAUGACCGACAUCUUCACUCGGACAUCGCUUCACGAUGAUUUUUACAAUUACACACACACACACACACACACACCUUCGCUGAUCAAUCAAGAUUAGAGAACAGCUGAAGGGGCGGUCCUGAGCCUAAACCAAUAGAGACGUUUUUAAAGAUUUGUGUUUAGUCCGAACUGCGUUUCAUUUAGUAGUAAAGAAAUGCUAGACAGUCGUGCUGUUUGUCCUUUCCUGACUGGAACUUUAAGUUAAAACAUAUUUACUAAAGCAUUCUUUAGCAUACCCCCCCCCCCCCACUUUUUUUUUACUAAUAUAAAAAUUAGCUUUAAAGUCUAAUAUUGUAUUUUUUUUUUAAUAAGUUAUUGAUGAAAUCGCCUCCUCUUGUAGUGUGGCGUCACCAUCGAAGUGCUUUAAGGCCAGCUUGCUUCCAAGUGAAAAAAAAAAAAAAAAGGAAAGAAAUAUUAAUCCCAUUAGUAUUUGACUUUAACUAAGAAAUGAGAAGCGGAUGUGGAACCCGAUCGUUUUUCAGCUGUUUGAGGACGUUCGAAGCGGUUCAUCCUGUCUCGCGUGUUCUCCAAUGUCUCGAUUUGCAACAGCAGCAAGUUUCCUUAUAUAUGACAAUCCUAGCUGCUUUUUUAAUUAAUUUUUUUGAGCUGUUUACAUUGCCUUCAUUUUGCCGGUGUUCAGUUUUGCUGCGGAGCUUUAGAAUGAAGGAAUUUUCUAAAGAUUUCAACUGAACUGCGGGUGCUUUCCAUUACCUAUCGAAUAAAAGAAGGAAGAAUCUGACAAAGCAUCCUUUACUUAUAUUCAUUAAGUAACGUCUUGUCAAGUCAUUGAGAGUUCAGACGUACAGGCAUACACGCGUCCGGUGACGAUGUUGUGUAUCAUCAUCAUCAUCACUGCAAUGAAAUGGUACAGCCCAUUUCAUUACCCCAGAUACUUUCAGAGCUGUAACCAAAAUAACAGAUCAUUUCUGUCUGAGACAUCACGUGUAGUCCGGUGGUAACUCACACCUCACUUCACUUUGUUUUCUGUGUUUAUCUGGCUCUGACAGAUGUGCGUACGUGCAUGCGUGCGUGUGGACGUCCUUUAAUAUGCCAAAUGAUUAUUAUAAUUUUUUAUGCACUGCCCAAGAAAAUAGCACCAGGGGCAGAUUUGAAAAAAUACAGGGAAAAAAAAAAAGCUGUGUGUUAAAAGAUGAGUUGUAAUAGAUUAACGAGUCGCGUUACGAUUUCAAAAACGAUAAACAACAUGCAAGGUCUCUCUGUCUUUCUCUCCCUCUUUCUCGAGCUACUUCCAGUCGGACUAGACAAGACUGCACAUUUCGGUUACCUUCAUCUCUUUGUGGGUUUGCUCUGUGAUACUUUUGCACUUAUUUCCUCGUACCUACAAAGAAUCUCCUUUCUCUCGUUCCUUCUUACUGACUGUGGUGUGUCCAAACUCUACAGUUGUGUGUGUGUAUGUAUGUAUGUGUGUGUGUGUGUGUGUUUGUUUGUGUGCGCGCGACAGCAUAGCUUGCGUCUUACAUGAGUUCAAGCCCCGUCUCUCCCAGUGUAUUGUUCUAGUGAUGAGGAGACGAGGUGUCGGUAUGGUAGUGGUAUCAGUCCUGCCAGUAGGAUCCUGUACCGUCUGUGAUAUUUUAGCAAUAACAUGAAUCAUGGGGGCAGGUUUUUUUUUGUUGUUGUUGUUGUUGUUUUUUAUUCUUAUUUUAUUAUUUUAAUUUUGUAUGUAGAACAUUAGUUUCAGUUGUCUGUUUUGUUUUUGUUUUUUGUGCAUAUUGCACCUGCUCAGUUUCAUAUGUCAUUAACGGAAUAAAACAAACUUGCAAUAUUGGCAUAAAAAUCAAGAAAUAAAAAAAACUGAGAAAUAUUGUA